CAGGAUGACUGAAGCCACAUGACUAGGCCUACAUUUGAGCCCAAAGACAACAUCCAGUCAAGUUUCUGUGGAGUUCCCAUCCCGCGCCACACGGCCAGAGGAAGAGGGACAGCGAGGAUGACAGCAGUGGCCUUCCUCCAGAGACCCCUGAGACUGUAGCUGUGUUUUAUAGCCUAGAUGAGCCAUGAGGAGCCCAAGGACCUCUCUUCCCAACUACUGGAGAGGCAGCCCGGCCUGGGUUUUGGACACUGGAUAUUAUGCAGUUUCAUUUGGACAUGGCUAGCCACAAUUUGGAUUUCAUAACAUUUUUGGAUUUCAUAACUGGAUAUGGAUUCAAACUGACAGUUGUGCAUUAAGGCAUCACUGAUUUGAUCAGAGGCGUGGUUCUGCAUCCAGAUGUUCCUCAACACGGUGUUGGUGGUCCUGACGGACCUGGCAGCCCGGCUGUUUGGUAAUACCUUGUUUCGGCGGCACUUCCACCUCCUGCUGUCGGCGAUGUUGGUGUUUGGUCCCAUAUUAAGUUUCUGGGUGUCCCAGUACAGCGUCUUUGCAAAGAGGACCCACUUCCUCUACAGGCUGUUCCUGAACUCGGGCUGGGGGUGGACUUGCAUCUUUGCUGGCUCCUUCGUCUUCCUCCUCUCCUUCUCCAUCCGUCGCUCCCUCUCUCUUUCCCUCCGCCAUCUCUCCCGGCUCGGGGCGGCCGGUGGACUGUGGCUCGGUUUCCGUAAACUCCUGGACCUUUUGGAGAAUGCCACGGGAAGCUGCUACGAACCCUUAGCCACUCCUGAGGCCGAGCAGCCUCUCCUGCUGUUGCGUGAAGGGGAGAGCAAGUCUGAAUGCUUAGGGGCCAGGAUGCUUUGGAGAGGGUACGAAGUUUCAGAAGACGUCUUCCUCCUGUGUCUCUGCUGCCUCCUUCUAGCUGAGGAAAUCGCUGUGUUUGGUCCUUAUCUGAGUCUGGGUGGGACGUCAGAUGCCCCUCUCAGGAUCCUCUUCCUGUUUUGUGUUCUCCUCCUGGGACUCUGGAUUUUCCUGCUCCUCUGUCUCUUAGCUUACUUCCCUCAAUUCCCCACUCAGCUGCUGGGGGGCGCCCUGGGGUGCCUCAGCUGGAGGGGCCUGUACCAGGGCUGGUACCGACUGGGACCCAGCUGGUACUGCCCCGGUCGACCUGGACUAGGACUGCUCAACACCAAGACAAGUGGUGGAGCAGAGGAUGGGGAGCUGAGACAAGGUCAGUAUCAUCAGCUGAAUGGAUCACACAAACAAUAAAGACGCACGCAGUGAAGGAAAGUUUUGUUCAGACAUACUUGGAUGGAAGUACAUGAAGGAUGGAAGCAUUUCAACUGAUACAGAGAGGAACUGAGAAGAUAAUGUUCUUCAUUUCUUAAGAUGCCAUGAAGAUACUUGCAGAUUCUUCUGGAAAACAAGCCACUGCUUGGUUGUUUUCACCACGUAUGUUCCUCCAUUUAAAAAAAAAAAAAAGAUACUAUUUCUCACCCCUCCCUCAAGCUGUUAGUGGUGCUGUCUUCCUCUCAUCAUUACUAAGUGCUGGAUGCAGGGUUUUUUUUUUUUUUUAAGGUUCUCCACACAAGUUAAUGUUUCAUAAGCUUACAGGCCCGGGACAGGACGUCUGCUGUCUUCUCCGAGGCUGAACCAACAACCAACCAACCCACAUCCCAGAUGGAAAGAGCUACUACACAGCUAAGAUGGACAUUUAAUGGACUGAUGAGAAACAGCACAAGUCAGACGCUUUCAUAGGAACCAAAAUGAACAAGAACUAAAAUGGACAAUUUGGGCAAGAGCAGCAACUCUGUGGAAGCAGGACUGUCAAAUACCAGUGUAUGCUUUUUUCUCAUUGCGGUCUUUUAUAAUCCUGAAAACAGAGUUUGAACAUGACUGAGAAAGGAAUCUUACCAUAAAGACCUUAACAGACAUUCUGGUAGUGUGUUGGCAAUCAUGCAACGGCCUUUGUAGCUGCAAUGGUGAGACGCCUGAGUAUAGAUUCAGCACCAUUUAUUUAGAGUUACAAAGCAGCAGUGUAAACUGAAGUCCUAUGUCUGUUUCAGUAGCUGAUUGUACUUUGCAGCCAAGCUCUUGACUGUUCUUUUUCAGAUAAUAAACAACAAAGACUUAAGAC